UACUAAAUAGAGCUGCUGGCGUCGGCUUUAUAAAUCUGUGGUCGCCUUGGCUUGUAUUGUUUAUUUGCAAUUUUAUAAUGUUUGUUGCAUAAUUGCAAAUCAAUUACUAAACUAUCCAGUUAUUUCGGAAUUUGUUUUCAAUUGUAUAAUAAUAUUCAAAUUUUGAAGCAUUUGUGUGAAAAUGAAAAUGUGAAAUAAUAAGAUCAUAAUAUCAUCUAGAUUUUUGGGUACUUAUUCGUUUAGCCAGUAUUUUUACUUCUAAAAUUUUCUUGAAUAAUUUCUAUUAUGAUUUAAGUUCUUACAGUAUAACUUGAAGGCAAUGUUUUAUUAUUGCAAACAUCGCUUUUGUGUUGAUUCAAAAUUUGUUAUGACAUCUUUACAUCUUUACAAAUAUUUAUUACGCCAAUGUGAAAGAUUGCCGCCCGAUGCGUGUAAAUAUUAUAAAUUUGCUGUUAAACAGAGUUUUAAGCAACAUAAAUUUGAACCAGAUCCAGAUAGAGUUCAAGAAAUUAUAAAGAAGAGUUUGGAAGAUGCAAAGUGGAUUGUUCAUAAGUACACCCAGAAAUAAUGGAAAUUUUGAAGAACAUUUAUUUUUAUGAAGUAAAUAAAAAAUUCAAUUUUAUUUAUGAUCAACAAAUCUUGUAGAAAAUAUGUUUGGAGAAAAAAUAGAGGACUAUGAAAUACUAGAACAUCUAGGUAAAGGUGGAUUUGCACAUGUUUAUAGAGCAAGAUGCCGAAGGACAGGCCUUUUUGUUGCCAUCAAAAUGAUUGACAAAGCCCUUAUGGCACGCGCAGGUAUGAUAGGUCGUGUAAGACAGGAGGUCACUAUACAUUCACGUUUGAAACAUCCUGCUAUAUUGGAGCUUUACACAUUUUUUGAAGAUGUCCAUUAUGUUUAUUUAGUUUUAGAGCUUGCACAUAAUGGAGAACUAGCAAAGCACUUUAAGUUAGGAACUCGAGGACUCUCUGAGAAAGCUGCGGCUGAUAUUUUUAGACAAGUUGUAAGUGGAGUUUUAUAUCUACAUACUUACAAUAUUAUUCAUAGAGAUUUAUCAUUGAAUAAUUUGUUAUUGACAAAAGACCUCAAUGUAAAAAUAGCUGAUUUUGGAUUAGCAACACAGUUGAAUGGUCCAGAUGAAAAACAUGUAACUAUGUGUGGCACCCCAAAUUACAUUUCGCCAGAAGUAGCUUCAAGAAAUUUUCAUGGCCUCCCAGCUGACGUAUGGGGUUUAGGCUGUAUGUUGUACACACUUUUGGUUGGUAGUCCCCCUUUUCAUACUCAACAUGUGAAAACUACUUUGAACAAAGUUAUAAAUGCAGAUUACAAAAUUCCUGAUGGGCUCUCCUUACAAGCGCAAGAUUUACUCCAAAAGCUUUUAUGUAAAGAUCCUACCAAAAGAAUAACACUGAAAGAGAUAAUGGAGCAUCCUUUUUUAAAAAGCUCCUGUAAUGCCAAACAAGAUUUGUCUAGAGAUUCAGGAUUUUUGACAACACUUCAUAGCACUCAACAUAGCAACAAACAAAAACAAGAUGAUAAAUUGAGACCUGAUUUUCUUGGUUUAUCCAAAGAAGAAAACGUUGAGAACUUUAUUGACAGGAAAGAAGUAAAAACUUCAUCAUUUAAUAUAUUUACUGGCAUACAAGAUCUUAACCACUGUUCACAAAGCACAGGCCAAGAUAAGAUGGGCGUAUAUUGUGAAAAAGGAUCUGCUGAAGUGUUUGAUUAUAGAAAUAAGAAGCAACCUAGUAAUAAUUAUUUACAAAAAUUUGACAGUGUUUAUAGCAAUACACCAAUACUAGAUAGCUUGAAAAAUAUGGAGAUUAAAUGUAAUAAAUAUGUGAACAGCCAAUGCCCUAAUAUGGCAGAUGAAAAUAAAGAGAAUGCACAAAAAACAAGUAAUGUCAACUCAAAUACUCUUGGUGUACCACCUCUUUGUGCUGAGAGGUUACCAACUAUUUCACAUAGAACUCGAAAUGCUAUAUUGAAAAUAGAACCUUCUGGAGUUAUAGUAGAAUUCAUAAAAAAGAAGGGAAAAGAGAGAGAAGAAAAGAUAGUGGAAAUAUGCAAAAUAUCUAAAGAUGGUAUGAAAAUCAUAAUAUACACUGUUGAAAAUAAAGAUAAGGCCAACAUGGCCAAUUUGGAUCAUGAUCCAAGUCCCGAUGAAGUAUUUUCUUAUCAUAACUUACCACAGAAACACUGGAAGAAAUAUUUGUAUGCUUCCCGCUUUGUGGAUCUAGUCAAAGCUAAAACCCCUAAAAUAACACUUUAUUCUCCAUUGGCUAAAUGUCAGCUGAUGGAAAAUUGUACAGAUAUUGAUAUGUUUUUUUACAAUGGUGAAAAAGUUACAUUUACAUCUACUGAAGGUAUCAAAAUAAUUGAUAAAGCCUUAAAAACUUACCAUAGUCCUUUACCUGAAUUAAAACCAUUGUUGGAUCAUUUUGAGGAAUGCUCCAAUCGCAUAAAAAGAGUGCAAACUGCCCUAUCGUGCAUACCGGAUGAAUGUUUCCCAUUAAUUAUUGGUAAAAGGCCAGUGUCUUCAGUGAGUGACAUAUCAUCUCCAUACAGUGGGUCAGUUGGCACAAAUUACAAUACCCCUGGAUUUAAUAUAGGAUCAUUUCAUCGUACAACAGCAAGUUCUAGUCAAACUCAUAGCGAAUAUAAAAUUAAUUAAUACAGCGUUAUUUCUGUGCCUCACUAAAAAUACCAAUCUUAGAUACAAGAAAGACAAGAAGAAAAGCAUACAAAAUUUCAUCAAGAUCAAAUUAUUAACUGUGCAAUGCGAAAUAACAAUGCUAAAGGAAACUGAUGAUUUUUGGCUUAACACAGGUGGACUCUAGUGGAUAAUAAUUGAUAUACUAACAUAAAGAUGCCUUCAGCCUUGCUUUGUAUGUACUUAGUUAUAACAAUGUUGAAAACGUACUUUAAAAUUAAUUUGGUAUUAAUAUAUUUAUAGAUAUA